AUGGCGACAGAGCACAAGGACGCAAUUCGGCAACUGGUGUGGCCACGGCUGCGCGAGGUUGCCAUACCAGACUCCCGCUUCCACUAUGAUUUUUCGAGUUUCAUCGCCGAUUUUAAAGGCUCAGACGCUGCAACAGAACGUCUGGUCACCCUGCCAUGUUAUAUCAAUGCACAAGUGGUGUUUGUCACUCCCGAUAACUGUCUAGAGAGGCUGCGUUUUCGAGCUCUUUCUGAUGGCAAGAAGGUGCUCGUCACCACGUACGCCAUCCGGCGCGGAUUCUGGCUGCUGGAUCCCGCCGUGAUCACGACCCCGGGACAAAGACAGUUGGCAAGCUUGUUAGAUGCCAUGGAGAGACCCGGUCUGGCCAGACAUGUCAGUCUAUCCGACAUGACGGCGCUCGAUCUUAAGGUUGAUCUCAUGGUGACCGGCACUGGUGCCAUCAACUUCUCAGGAAUCCGAUUUGGGAAGGGCCACGGGUUUUUUGACCUCGAAUGGGCUAUAUUGACGAGUAUAAACGUGGUGGCCCUUGAUGUCCCUUGCAUUGCGGUCGUGCACGAUUGUCAAGUGUUGGAUGAGGAGCUGCAACCGGAACCAUUCGACACCGUCUGCGAUUUGAUCGUUACACCGACCAUCAUCCACGACGCCGCAAAGCAAGGACUCGUGCCCAAACCGACAUGUGGUGUCUUGUGGGACAAAUUGCAAGCAGGAAUGCUGGAUGAAAUCCCCCCAUUGCGUGAGUUGCAAGAGCUCCAAGGGAACGGGAGGAAGUAG